UCCGCGUCCCCGCCGCCGGAGGAGGUGCCCGCACGCUCGCGGCGCGCGCCGGCCUCACACGCUCGGCCUGUGGGCGAUUUCCUCCGGACCCAGGCUCCCGGGCCGAGGAGGAAGAAGAUGCAGACCUUCCUGAGAGGGAAGAGAGUUGGCUACUGGCUGAGCGAGAAGAAAGUCAAGAAGCUCAAUUUCCAGGCCUUCGCGGAGCUGUGCAGGAAGCGAGGGAUAGAGGUCGUGCAGCUGAACCUCAGCCAGCCGAUCGAGGAGCAGGGCCCCCUGGACGUCAUCAUCCACAAGCUGACCGAUGUCAUCCUUGAGGCUGACCAGAACGACAGCCAGUCCCUGGAGCUGGUGCACAGGUUCCAGGAGUACAUUGACGCUCACCCUGAGACCAUCGUCUUGGACCCACUUCCCGCCAUCAGGACCCUGUUAGACCGUUCCAAGUCCUAUGAGCUUAUCCGCAAGAUUGAGGCCUACAUGAAAGAUGACAGGAUCUGCUCCCCGCCCUUCAUGGAGCUCACGAGCCUGUGUGGAGAUGACACCAUGAGGCUGCUGGAGCAGAACGGCCUGGCCUUUCCCUUCAUCUGCAAAACCAGAGUGGCUCACGGCACCAACUCUCAUGAGAUGGCCAUUGUGUUCAACCAGGAGGGCCUGAGUGCCAUUCAGCCUCCCUGUGUGGUCCAGAACUUCAUCAACCACAACGCCGUGCUGUACAAGGUGUUUGUAGUGGGCGAGUCCUACACGGUGGUCCAGAGACCCUCGCUCAAGAACUUCUCCGCGGGCACAUCAGACCGCGAGUCCAUCUUCUUCAACAGCCACAAUGUGUCAAAGCCUGAGUCUUCAUCAGUCCUCACUGAGCUGGACAAGAUCGAGGGUGUGUUCGAAAGGCCAAGUGAUGAGGUUAUCCGAGAGCUGUCCCGGGCUCUGCGACAGGCACUGGGAGUGUCGCUUUUUGGAAUCGACAUCAUCAUUAACAACCAGACCGGGCAGCAUGCUGUCAUUGAUGUCAACGCCUUCCCAGGCUAUGAGGGAGUGAGUGAGUUCUUUACCGAUCUCCUGAACCACAUUGCCACAGUCCUGCAAGGCCGGAGCACAGGCGGAGCUGCCACAGAAGAAGUGGCCCCGCUGAGGCACAACAGGCUCCCGGCAGAACCUGCAGCGGGCAGCCUGGCUGGUGAGCGGACGUGCAGUGCCAGCCCUGGCUGCUGCAGCAGCAUGAAAGGCCAGGAUGCGCCCUGGAAGACUGAAGCCGAAGCAGGCACCAUGGGUGCUGGCGGCUCUACCAAGCUGCCCCACCAGAGACUUGGCUGCACCACUGCUGUGUCGCCCAGCUUCCAGCAGCACUGUGUGGCCUCACUGGCCACCAAGGCCUCCUCACAGUAGCCACAGAGCCCAGGACCCAGAGGGGCGGCGCGGAGCAUGGAACACACCCACUGGGCAGCAGCUCCAACCGGGAACACUGUUAAGAAUUCCCGGUGAUCUGAUGCUUCUCUGUUUUAAUUUUUUACCUGAUUUUCUGAUGUUAUGAUCGGAAUGAGGGGGGGAGACGAAGCAGAACACCCAAGUGGUCCAGCCUCAAGGAUGCCGCCUAAUUCCUGCUGUGCAGAUCUCCUCACUGAGUUUACACACGCUUGUGUUCUCAACACUAGGUCUGAAUGUGAGGUGGGGUGCGUGUGUGUGUGUGUGCGUAUGUGUGUUUGUGUGCAUGCGUGCGUGCGUGCACAUGUCUGUCUGUCUUCAUGGCUGCUGUGGGCCAGCCUCUGGGCACCCUAGAAGGAGGCCCAUAUCUGACCAGGCUGUUGCAGCUAAGUAGGUGAAAGGACAAAUGUUUUCCCAGUUCCUCCCAGUCUCCACACCUGCCCACACCCAGACCUCACCCUCCCUCUUUUCCCAGGUGUGGUCUCCAAAGCUAACCCUUGCCCCUGUGCAGCUGACCCUUGCUUCUCCAAAGCCAUGGAAGCAGUAGUGCGCCCCUACCACUUACCCCCCAGCUCUGUUUGGGAGAUCUGGGUUAUAGGAAGGGAAAAGAAGCUUCCUGUGGAUGUAGCCAAAGCUCCCUGGCUAUUGCUAGUCCUCACUGGCUCCAUGGAAUACACCAGGCCACUCCUCUCUGCCCUGGCCCUGUUGGCUCACUGGGACCCAGACAGGAAGCUGCC